GCUUGCCUCCUUUCGACUCCACGACAUCCGACCGUCACAUCCUCUGCCUUGGUUUAUUUUUUCAGUCUUGCCCCUUGCCGUCGGUUGAUCCUAUACCCCCGGGGCGAGAACCCUCUCAGACACCGACAGACACAGACGCCCUUUAUCGAAACCAUGUCGGACAAGCCGGAGUACAACCAGGCCGAGAAUGGCGUCGCUGUCAAGUCCAAGAAGAAGACCGUCGCACGACACUGUAAGCGGUUUUGGUGGGUAUAUGUUAUCCUCUUCAUCGGCUUUGUCGUAGUGGCUGUCCCCUUGACCAUCUUCGUCAUUGUGCCCAAGAUUGCUCAAAGCAAGAUGAACGCGGCUCAUCUUGAGAUCCAAGGCGUCAACAUUCUCCAGACUGAGAGCAACGCCUACCACAUGGAGAUCAACUCCACCAUCAAGACUGAUGGGUCCAUCAAGGCCAAUAUCGAUGCCUUUGAAGGCGAGAUGUACCUCGAGGACUAUGAGCCGCACACCGCAUUCGCGACUCUCCUGUUCCCGAAAACCAAUGCCAACAAGCACCAAGUCGUCAACGUCAGCCAGGAGAUCAAGAUCACCGACAUGACGGCUUUCACCCGCUUCAACGUCUGGUUCCACAACAACGAGACCGUACGGAUCACCAUCAACGGCAGGACAAAGGUCAAGCCACAUGGCCUGGACCGCAAGUACGGCGUCACCUUCAAAAAGACCUUGACCAUCAACGGCCUAAAUAACUUCAAUGGCACCGAGGUCACCGACGGACACAUCUCGCUCGAGAAUGACGACAACGGCCGCAACUUCAACGGCACCGCCAACAUCCCCAACAACUCCGUCUUCACCCUGGACAUUGGAAAUGUUUCUUUUACCAACUUCGUUGGCGACGAAAACGUUGGUACCCUGUAUAUCCAAGAUUUGCUCCUCAAGCCUGGCGACAACGUCCUCAACAUCACGGCGACCAUGGAUCAGCUUGCGAUCCUCUCUGCUGUUCGCAAGAAGCCAUACUGCAACACAGGUAUCCUCCCAUUUAAGUUGCUAGGCAAGUCGGUGGUGAACAAUGGUGAUGAUCUGAGCUACUUUGCCGCCGCUCUUGCCAGCACCAACCAGACCGUUAAUAUCGACAUCGGAUCCAUUAUUAAGAAUGACUUGGGGACCACGGUCAAGUGUGCGUAAGACUAGGCUGAUGCAGUUGGUCGUAUGCUGUCUAUAUUAAUUUAGGUUGUUGUCGUUUUGAUUUCCGGGAAAGUAGAGGAGACCAUCAGGAAGGGCUUUGUAUAUGAUUGCUGGUGCAUCUUGCAGUGUAUCGCGCGCUGGUAGGGCGGAGGUCGAGGAAUAAUAUCAGACAGGUGAUGGUCAAGCGAC